CCAUGUCUUUGCGCAUGCUCAUAACCGAUCAAUCCAGACGGAACAAGGUAGCUAAACUACUCUGAGCCGUUUAUGGGUGCAACUCGGAGCAAGUCCUGCUAAAUCUGCAAUCAUCCGAUUGUAUAGAAAGCUUAUUGUAGCGUAUUCUAUCACAAUCCGCUCUAGAUAUAUCUGGCAACGUAAUCUGUGUGAGAUUAAUCAGCAGAAGGCAACAGGAGACGAAAAUAGUGCGAAUUUGUCGGCUGACCGGAAUCUCUCCUGCCGUUUGACCUAGCUAACGCUAGCUAGCACCAGCGGCACAGACCGGGGCCCAGCUCAGCAACUCUCCUAGAUAAAAGGGCAUUUUAGCCUUUCGGUCUUACGUUUUUUUAGACACAUUUCAGCGUGAUGGCUUGUGGGGCUACCCUGAAAAGGACUCUGGACUUUGAUCCAAUAAUGAGCCAGGCUUCACCUAAGAGAAGGAGGUGCGCCCCGAUCUCUUCUCCAGUCUCCUCACCACAGAAGUAUUUGAGGAUGGAGCCCUCCCCGUUCGGGGAAGUGUCGUCCAGACUCACCACAGAGGAAAUUCUCCACAACAUCAAACAGGAGUAUAAGCGGCUGCAGAAACGACGACACCUGGACAGUGCUUUCCAGCAGGCAGACGGCUGCUGUCCUCUGGAUCUGCACAAUGUUCACAGUGGACCCGCCCUACCAGGUACAUCCUCCGGUGCCUUAUCUCCCACCAGAAAAGAGCAGCCUCUUUUUUCCCUCAGACAGGUUGGGAUGAUCUGUGAAAGACUGCUGAAAGAGCGAGAGGACAAAAUCCGUGAAGAGUACGAUGAAAUACUGACUACAAAACUUGCAGAGCAAUAUGAUGCUUUUGUCAAAUUCACUCAUGAUCAACUGAUGCGGAGGUUUGGAGAGCAGCCUGCCAGCUAUGUUUCCUGAGUUUCAGCGUCUGAUAUUGAAGAAUGCAAUUUGUUGCAGGCUACUCCAGGGACUUUGUCUGGUUGGACUUUUCUCCUAGCUGUGCCAUAUCGCCUCUAUGUGGACUCAGUUUGUGGUAUCCACAUUUGCUGUGUCUACCAGAGUUAAGAGGGUUUCCUGCUGCCAACUGAUAUAGGACUCUCUGUGACUCUACCAGUGGCCUCUUAACUGCCGUGUCAAUAUUUAUUUGGCUUUUUUCUGAUGCCUUCAUAAAAGGCUGACUGCCACCACAAACUUGGCCUUUUUAAUAUUAUUUUUUAUGUUAAAUUCUGUUAUCUCACAGAGAGGAUGUUAGUUGUGCAACUUCUCUAUAUGUACAUUUUGAAAAGGUAUUGAACAUUGACGAGUGGAUAAACCAAGAAUGCCUUUAGACUGGCCUCCAGGAAGAGACAUCUUGGCUUUUUCAGCUUUGUUUUUAAACUGUACUGGCAAUUACUGUUAUAACAUUUGUAUACACUGUAUUUUUUUUGUGUGACUUUUGUUUACUGUACCAAAAUUUCCUGAUUUCAUUUGCUGUAGGUAUAAAGGGGCUUUGAUUCAAGAAAAGACAAUAAAAAAAGUGUU